AUUUCUGCAUCGGCUGUGUUGCAUCGUACAGUGUCUCCGUGUUCAGCAUGAAUUUAGGGCCUUUGGUUUGUUUUAGCUUUUGCUCUAGUGGGUCCCAGUCUGUCCGCUACAGUAAAUAGGAUUAUCGGCGGAGAGGAAACGGAACCCCAUGAGCUGCCUUAUCAGGUGUCACUUCAGUGGAAUUACAACAAUGCAACCAUCACACCGAUGCACUUUUGCGGAGGAGCUUUACUGACCGAGGCCUGGGUACUGACGGCGGCGCACUGUAAAACGUCCUACACGCCAGAUGGAUUUACGGAGGUAGUGGCCGGAGCCCACAACAUCCUCGAUCGGCAGGAAGUUAAUCAGCGAAGAAAGAUGGAGCUUAUCAUCACACACGAGCAGUACUGUGGCACAGUUUGUCCGUACGACAUUGCACUGAUUCGUGUCGCCGAUCCGUUUGUGCUGGGAGACCAUGUAAAACCGAUCCGGUUGCCAUCGAUGAAUGAGUCGUUCCACGGAAGCGCCCUGGUCAGUGGAUGGGGAGCUGUUACACCGGCACUAAUUCCGGAGUAUCCGGAUACACUCAGAAAAGUGGUAUUGCCGCUGGUGGACUACGACGAAUGCCGACAGCUGUGGUACGAUGUGAGUCAUCUUGCCGCAACCAAUGUGUGUGCUGGGCCCGAGGAUGGAUCCAAAGCGUCCUGCUCGGCCGACUCCGGUGGACCGUUAGUCACGAUGAACGGAACGCGCGCGAGUGAAGAACCCGUUCUAAUAGGACUAGUUUCCUGGGGACCUUUUCCCUGUGCCUCUCCCUGGCGACCGAACAUCUUCACCGGUGUCGCCUACUUUGUGGACUGGAUUGAGCAGCAUGUGCAAUAAAGAUGCCAAUAAAAUGUGCGCUAAAGCGUGCCCACACAUCGACGAAA